AGUCGUCCGUCGGUGUAGUCGGUGUGCGGUCGGUCGUUUGUUCGCCAGUCCACCACCCUCCUCCACCAUCCUCUACAACGCUCGUCACAAGUUUUGCUCAACAAUUUAUUUUUAAAGAAAUAACCCGAACGAACCAUCAGUUCGAGAGGGGUGCAGAGCGAGACGCCAGCAAAGCAAAGCAGUGAAGAGUGCGGCGCGUAGCGGCACAAUAUUUUUUUCUCCUAAUUUUCAAGUGCAAAUCAAAUUACUGUUGUUUUGUUCCCUCUUGAAAGUGAUUUUUGUUUUUCCUUUAAUACGUUGUGGCACAGUGUAUGUAAGUGUCUAUGUAUAUGCAUGCAUGCGUAAGCAGCAAAUAACCAGAAGGUGGAAAGAGAACUACGCUACUAACAGAGCCAUUAGUAGACGGCGUCGCACAACUAAAUUGAUUUUUCACCGGUCACCUAACCUCAAAAGCCCCUGCCGGUAAAAGGGGGGGUUCGGAGGCACAGCUGUUGCAUACAACAAAACAACAAAACACAACCGAAUAACGUGGAUAAAGAAGAAGACGAAAAAUAAAAAGACACAACAUGGAUAUCGAUUCACUGAAAAAUGAAUGGGAGGAGCUUAACAAGGAGUACACGGAGCUGGAGAACUGCAACAGACGCUACAUCGAGCUGCUGGAGCAGCUGCACAGCCGCCAACAGAUCUGCUUCAAUGAAAUUAAGCAUCAACGGUAUCGCAUGAACCAAAUAACGGCAUCAUUGAGACAAUUUAAGGGUCCGGUGGAUGUCGAAGUUAAAGAGAAGGUUGAUGAGUUGCAGAAGAUGACCUUGAAGCGGAAAGCGCAAUUGCACGAAAUCGAACAAUCUUUGCCAGCGAAAUCGGGUCGCUAUUUGCAGAUAAUCUUGGGCGAUGUGAAUGUCUCGAUUCUCAACAGAAACGACAAAGUUCGCUACAAGGACGACUAUGAAAAGUUUAAAUUAAUACUCAACGUAAUUGGACUGAUAAUGGCGUUCUUCAAUUUGAUAUUCAACUACAGAGCCUUAGAGCUUGCCUUCAUUUUCCUGUUGGUAUGGUACUAUUGCACCCUGACCAUUCGCGAGUCGAUACUGAAGGUGAAUGGAUCACGGAUCAAGGGCUGGUGGCGCGCCCAUCACUUCAUCUCGACGGUGGCCGCCGGGGUCCUGCUGGUGUGGCCCCAGGGCGAGCAUUGGCAGAUCUUCCGCAUGCAGUUCAUGUACUUCAAUGUUUAUAUCAGCAUCGUGCAGUAUCUACAAUUUGGAUACCAGAAGGGUCUGCUCUAUCGCCUAAAGGCCUUGGGCGAGCGCCAUAACAUGGAUAUCACCAUCGAGGGCUUCCACUCAUGGAUGUGGCGUGGUCUGAGCUUCCUGCUGCCGUUCCUCUUCAUCGGCUAUUGGUUCCAGGCGUACAAUGCAUGGACCCUCUACAAGUUGGCAUUUAGUCCCCCGGAUGCACCCUGGCAUGUGUCGGUCAUGUCCGGUCUGUUUCUGCUUUUAUUCAUUGGCAACAUGGCCACCACACUGUGGGUGGUGCCCGAAAAGAUACGCGCGAGGUCCAAGGAACGCUACCGUCUCCUGAGCAUGGGCAAGUCAAUGAAGCUGCGCAGAGAAGUCAAGAAUAGCGCCAGUGACAUGGACCUGUCGAGCAGUGCCAACGGCAGCACACCCAAGACGGCAACCGGGUCGCUGACAGAGCAGCAGCCACCCGCCGAUAAGAAGGAAAUCUAAUCAACUUAAUCGUUAUGUUCUAUAAAGCCUGGCAUUUCAAUAUACAAUUUAUAUUACCUAUGAUUAUGA